GCCGGCCGGGCCUGCCCCUCCGAGGCGCCGUAGCGCGGGAGGGAGGCGGCGGCGCUGUGGUCCAUCGGUCCGCCGGUCCGUGGGUCUGCCCGGCCGCCCGGCCCCGCCCUGCCCCCCGGGGCGGCUCGGCUCCAUGGCCCGCGGCGGCGGCAGGAGGCGGCCCGGGGGCCGCGGGGGCCGCUGACCGGGCGGCGGGAGGCGGCGGGGCCGGGCCAUGGGGGACGGAGCCGUCCGCAGCCACGGGAGCCGGGAACCCAGCCCGAGCUGGAGCGGUGCCCCCUGCUGAGCCCCGAGCGCCGGCCCCGCCCUAAGGCGUCUCGCAGACUGGCGGCCAGCCUGACCCAGAACCCCUGCCCCGGAGGGAGGGGUGGGAAUGUUUGCACGUGGGGCCGGGCGUCCGAGCUGCCCGGGAACCUGCAUGCAUGGCUGUGUACGUCCAGGAGCAGCGGCUUUGUUUGCCGGCAGCCGGAUGCCCGGGCCCACUGGGCGGGCCGGCGGCCGCCUGCGGGAUGAGCAGACUGCUGGGGGGGACGCUGGAGCGCGUGUGCAAGGCCGUGCUCCUCCUCUGCCUGCUGCACUUUCUUGUGGCCGUCAUCCUCUACUUUGACGUCUACGCCCAGCACCUGGCCUUCUUCAGCCGCUUCAGUGCCCGCGGCCCUGCCCGGGCCCUCCACCCAGCUGCCAGCAGCAGCACCAACUUCUCUCGGCCCAACGCCACUGCCCCCAGUUCGGGGCUCCCCGAGGCUCCCAGCGCCCGGCCCGGCCCCACAGCUCCUGUCCUGCCUCCCUGUCCUGAGUCACCGCCGGGCCUUGUGGGCCGACUGCUGAUUGAGUUCACCUCGCCCAUGCCACUGGAGCGGGUGCAGAGGGAGAACCCGGGCGUGCUCCUGGGCGGCCGCUACGCGCCCCCCGACUGCACGCCGGCCCAGACGGUGGCAGUCAUCAUUCCCUUCCGGCACCGGGAGCACCACCUGCGCUACUGGCUCCACUACCUGCACCCCAUCCUGAGGCGACAGCGGCUGCGCUAUGGCGUCUAUGUCAUCAACCAGCAUGGCGAGGACACCUUCAACCGGGCCAAGCUGCUCAACGUAGGCUUCCUGGAGGCACUGAAAGAGGAUGCCACCUAUGACUGCUUCAUCUUCAGUGACGUGGACCUGGUCCCCAUGGAUGACCGCAACCUGUACCGCUGUGGUGAUCAGCCCCGCCACUUUGCCAUUGCCAUGGACAAGUUCGGUUUCCGGCUGCCCUAUGCUGGCUACUUCGGAGGUGUGUCAGGCCUGAGUAAAGCCCAGUUUCUGAGAAUCAACGGCUUCCCCAACGAGUACUGGGGCUGGGGUGGCGAGGAUGACGACAUCUUCAACCGGAUCUCCCUGACUGGGAUGAAGAUCUCGCGCCCAGACAUCCGCAUAGGCCGCUACCGCAUGAUCAAGCACGACCGGGACAAGCAUAACGAGCCCAACCCGCAGAGGUUUACGAAGAUUCAAAACACGAAGCUGACCAUGAAGCGGGAUGGCAUCGGGUCAGUGCGGUACCAGGUCUUGGAGGUGUCUCGGCAACCACUCUUCACCAAUAUCACAGUGGACAUUGGGCGGCCCCCGUCAUGGCCCCCCCGGGGCUGAUACUAACGGACAAAGGCUCCCAGUGCCAAGGAUUGCCUGCCAGAGGACUGACCUCGAUAGCCUGGCUGGCGACUACUCUGUGGGACCCCCCAGGACUGAGACUGUGGGCUCUGUUUUCGGAGGGUCUUCCAUAGGCUCCCCCAGCUGCACCUGGAAGUUUCAGAACCUACUUUGGGGGACUUCCAACCUGGGCAAGCCCCUCCAGUGUGGCCCUCUCUGGGGUCAACCCUUCUUCCUGCCCCUCCCUCCCCAGCCCAGUCCUCCCUCACUGUCAGGGUCGGGCCAGCCCCUGCACUGCCUCACCGAGUGGCCUGGGCUAGGUCACUCCACCUCUCUGUGCCUCAGUUUCUCCCCCCUUGAGUCCCCUAGGGCCUGGAAGAGUGGGAGGUACAACUAGGGGGCAGUGUAGCUUCCAGGGGGAAUUCUCAGACCUGGGGAUCCCCCAUGCUCCCAGGGGAGGGGAAACCUUUUUCAUUCAACAUUGUAGGGGCAAACUCUGGUGCGCCCCCUGCUGAGGAGCAACCCCAGGAGGGGACCAGAGGGGGUGCUGUGGCGCUGCCUGGGAUCUUGAGUUUGGGCUUUUGCAUGGGGGGCGGGUGGGGCUUAGAACAGUCAGUCUGGUUCCCGCCUCCCUGUCUCAGAGAGAAGGCAGUAGCCCCAGGGCCGGCUCGUUGUUUGUACAUUGCACAGAAAAUUGUGUGGGUGCUUUAGUAAAAAACGUGAAUGGAGCA